CAUAAAACCCCCUUCUCUCCUACUCCUACUGUCGACAAAAUCCAGGGAGUUUCCAGAGGGAGAGAGAGGGACUGACGAGGCGAACCUUUUUCUUGCUACGGUGGUGGUCGCUGCGAGGUCGUUCCAUCCUUGUUCUGCUAACGGGUUUGAUUUUUCUCCAUUGCUUCUGUACACCUCUAUUUGACUGCACGAAUGCUGGGUUUCGGACUGAUAUGUUCUUGAAGAUGUUCAAGAAAAAAAAAAAAAGAAAAGCAAAACCUCAGCUUUUUCACUUUAUGUUUUGAAUUUUUUUUUUGUUUGCAUUUGGUUUGUAGUCUUUGAUUGCACCUAAAGAUUUCAUUUUUCAAUCCGGUGUGGCAUUUUUAUCAGUUCAUUUGUGCAUUUGUUCGAGAACUACAUUUAAUCUAAAAUCAUCUAUGGAACUGAGUUUGAUCAUUGUUUCCUUCUGUCUGGUUGCUUAGAAAUUAAGGAAAGAAGAAAAGGAAAUAAAGCAAAAUUUUGAGACUCAUCCUGUCAUUUGUUUUCCCCAGCUUUUUCCUGGUAUGGAACUAUGAAUUUGAUGUUUUAUGGUGGGAUAUGAAUGUGUUUUGGUGGUUGAGAUUUAAAGCUGAGUAGCAAGGGCCGGGGAGAGUGUAUUUUGACUGUAUUGUUUGAUUGGCGCUUUGGAAGUACUUUUCUGAAAUUACAAUAUUUGAUCGCAGUCUCUAGAUUUGUACCUAUCAAUGUCAAAGAAGAAGAUACUUCAUUCUUAGACCACCUGAAUGAUAUAGAUUUCAGCAUUGCUAGAGGAAUUCUGGGUGAAAGGUUAAAUGGUUGACGGUAAAGUUGUUAUAACGUACAAGCGGAAGCGACAAAUAUCAAAUUCUGGUUUAAACCACGAAAAUGGUUGCACUAGUUCUUUUGAACACCCAGCUGAUAAUUCUUUAAUCAAACCAGACAAACAUGGAGAAAAAGGUAAAGAGCACGUAUCCGAAAAUCAGCGGACAGUUUCAGAGGUAUGUCCCAUGUGUGUUGUUUGUGGUGUUGGGGGCAAGUUGUUGCACUGUAAUAGCUGCCUUCAACCAUAUCAUCUUCGAUGCCUUAAUCAUUGCCCUAGAGUAUCUCAAUUUUUACCAGAGGCAAGAAUUCGUCGGGGUAAAUGGCUAUGCAGUGAUUGUAACAAACAGCAAGAUUAUUCAUGCUCUCAGAAAGUUCGAGAAUCAAGCAGACUGAGGGCAAAGAAACAAGUUGAAGAAUUUGAUAAAAAGCAGCUGGCUGUGAGCUCUCCUGACUUACUUCUGAUGAAAAAUACUGGAAAUGAUUUGGAAGAUAAGUGCAAAUCUGAAUGUACAGGGGCAUCUGUCAUGAAAACAUUAAAUUUGGUUGGCGAUUCAGUUUCUAAAGAGAUGGGCAUUAACUUACAGUGUGAAGCACCUACAGAAAGGAAGUUGAUCGCCCCAUUGAUUACUUUCAGUCGAAGGUCCAAGAGAAAAAAGGAUUUGCGUGGGACAGAUAUACAAAGCAAGUUACCACCUGCUGAGAAAAUGUGUCCAUUAGUCAGCAAAGGGAGUGAUCUCUCCCUUCUUACCUUUUCAUGUGAAGCAACAUCUCGUAAAGGCUGCUUAGGAGCCCAUUCAACAGCUUUGAAGCCAUCAGGAGAGGAUGCUGAUAUGGAGCAUUUGCUUUGUCUGAAUCAGGAGAAUAUGAAAACAGAUGUUGGUUCUACAUGCAUUCAGACAGGAAAUGCUCCCGAAAACAAGAUUGUGAAUGAGGAAGAACAACCAACUAAUGGGCAAAACAUGUCCAAGAAUGCCUCACCUGUUGCUGAACAAGAUCUCGGCGGGAGUACUAAUAUUCUUGUGGACAUCCAACAAGAUUUACCUAUUAAUUGUUCCGGAAUCUCUUCAAAUGGUGCAGUGAAAGACUCUUAUUCUGAUGCUGUAAUUAGAAAUGCGUUCAGAGUGGUGCCUAAACCUCAUACGUCCUCUGGAGAGGAAUCUCAAAUUCUGCCUGCUAGUAGUGUGAAAACAAUAAUUACGCCCUGCAAUACCACAGCAGUCUCUAUGGCAUCGUCGGACUUACUUGUUCCUCCCUAUGUGGACUGUAAUAACACUCCAGAUUCAUGUGAGAAAGGACCCAAUCAAGCUGCAUCAAUGACACCUAUGGAUUCCUUUGACUCUGGAAGCAGAAAUCAUACCAAUUUUUUACAGUGUGCGACUCGUAAAGUCAAUGCUCUGGAAUUGUUGGAAACCACAAACGGUACAGUGGGGGAAACUCUGUCCGUUCAUGAUGAACAAGUUUCUAAAAAUACACAUGCCCUUGUGGAGGAAGGAAGCUCCAACUGCAAAGAUAGUGGAAGGGCAUGUCCUUCAGUGUACCAUACAGGUGUUACGUCAAAUAACAAAUGUUUGCAGCUAUUUUUGGAGGACAAAACAAAUGACAUGUUGCACUUGAUUGCACAACCGGAGGGGACUGCAUAUUGGGGUUCUGAAGAAAGAAAAAACCUUCAUCUGGAAAGUGAAAAGUAUGGACCACAACAGGCUUCUGCAAAUUCACUUUUUCUAGGUUUAGCCCUACCAGCAGAACCUAAAGUGGAACAACGGAUCUUUAGGAAGAGCAUGGCUACAUUGCCAUUGACAGCCUCUGGCAUCAAAAGUAGAGAAUUUGUUCCAGAUGUGCUGCCCCGUUCUUUGUCAAGUGAUGCAUCAUCAUUUCUGAGGCACAAGGUGAUGCUUGACAGCAUUAUAACUCGGGCUAGAGCAUUGAGGGGAAAUAGAAGCAGUUUUUUGGAUAAGUUUGAGCUGUGCAAUUCAAUGUGGUCCGAAGAGGAAUUAGAUUUUCUGUGGAUAGGUGUGAGGAGAUAUGGAAGGGACAACUGGGAUGCAAUGCUAAGGGACCCAAAGUUGCGUUUUUCUUCAUGGAGGGUUGCAAGGGACCUGGCUGAGCGGUGGGAGGAGGAACAAUUUAAACUUAUGAAUGGCUCACUUGUUUCACAAAUAAAUUGUUCAAAGAUAACUGACCUUUCUUUGGACCAUGACAAAGACUUUCUGCAUCCCAGCAUAGGAAUCGAUACGGAAAACACAACAGAUGAAACCCAACUUUCACUUGGAGAUGUAUAUGCCCAAAAAGAUUGUAGUUUAUCGAAGAGGCCACUAUUCAACUUCACCAAUAAUCAAAGAAAUGGCUCUAAACAGCCCCAGAAAUCAGUUAGAACCACAAGGGCUCUUCAUUCAGAUUGCAGAAGGGGGAAUUUCAACCGAGGGUUCAACCGUUUCGAUGGCAAAGCCGCACCAAGAGUUGAUUUUUCGUCAACCAGUGGCUCUUCUAUUAAUUUGACAGCGAAGGGAGAUUUGCCCCACUGGCUUAGGGAAGCUGUAAGUUCAUCUCAUCCAAUGCUAGAGGAUUCUACUACAUCUCUUGUUCCAUCUAUUGCUCAUCCAGGUACUUCACGGCUUCCUCAACCAUAUUUAUUGCCUUGUGAGCCACAUUGUGGACUGAGCAAAAUUAAUGGUAGGUUGGCUGGCUUAAGAGCUAGUGAUAUGCAGUCAACUUGCAGUGCUCAUUGUGCAGAGUUUUCCCUAGGAAUGAAAUUUGGGACACCAGAACCCAUUGGAGCUUCUUCUUAUCAUGUUAAUAAACGCGAUGAUUUGAUCAUUAUCGGCAGUGAUGCAUCGUCUGAGGAGACCAUAUCUGAUGAUCAUAGCUGUAGGUGAGCUUUUGUUUUCAGGUUGUGACAAAGUUUUAAAAAGCUUAGUUAUGUCUAUCUGCUGUAAAGUCUCUUGUAGAUGUACGCAUGGGAGGAACCAUACUUUUGUAAUAGGUAGUAUUUGACUUAUGAUCAUAUCAAGAGUUCAAAUUGGGCCAUUUGAUGAUGUAAAUGAUAGAUGGAGCUAAAUUGCGCAGUCAACUUUGGUGUUUC